CCGGCCGCCCGAUGUCUGGUUGCCCACGCGGAUUGUGCGAUGCCCACGCGGGGCGGCUUCGAACGGGUAAAUAAUCAAGAAAAGCCUUUUUGGCAAUAUGCCAUCCUCCACAGGAGAAAUUACCCAAAAGACAGAAUGCUUACCAGCUAUUGUGAAGAGAGCAAGAAAUGGCAGGAAAAACUUGCCAUCGUGGAAAACAAGGCAGCUGAAAGAACAUGGUGUUGGUGCAUUCCUUCAACAGCUGCUAGGUGUGGGAGGUACUUCUGAAGAGCAGAGUCCAUCUACUCCACUCAGCUUGACCAGCAGUAAUAAGCCAGCUCCAAACAAGGACCAAGUUCAUGGGAAACCAUCAGCCAGUGGAGAAGGAGAUGGCCCUGAGGCUGUCAAUGUGCCCUACCCCCAAACGCUGGUGCCGGUGGCAUCCCUGCCAGAUCACCCCAGCGAGGGGCGCAGGGGCGGCGUCCGGAAGCGGAAGGCGUCGUCGAUCAGCAUACCGGCCGAGAUCCGGCAGUCACCUGAGCUUCGCAAGUACUGGCACCAGCGCUACCGGCUCUUCUCCAGGUUUGACGAGGGUGUGCAGCUGGACCGGGACGGCUGGUUCUCGGUGACGCCCGAGCACAUCGCGCGCCACCUGGCCGACCGCUGCCGCGCCGACGUCAUCGUGGACGCCUUCUGCGGCGUUGGCGGCAACGCCAUUCAGUUCGCGGCCACUUGCCGUCUGGUGAUCGCCGUCGACAUCUGCCCGGAGCGGGUGCGCUUGGCGCGCCACAACGCCGCCGUCUACGGCGUCCAGCACAACAUCCAGUUCGUGGUGGGCGACUUCUUUCGGCUGGCGCCGCGGCUGCACGCGGACGCCGUCUUCCUCUCGCCGCCCUGGGGCGGGCCGGAGUACAGCGGCGCCGCGGUGUAUGACAUGUUCCGUCUGGACGGCUCCAUGGACGGUCGCCGUAUGAUGCGGGCCGCCCGCCGUAUCUCGCCGAACGUGGCUCUACUGGCACCGCGCACUGCCAACCUCGACCAGUUAGCGGCGCUGGCCGGCCCCGGCGGACGGGUGGAGGUGGAGCAGAACCUUCUGAACGGCCGCGCCAAGACCAUCACGGCGUACUACGGCGGUCUGGUCCGGCCCGCGCCCGCCACCUGAGUCGGGGCCAGUCCCCCCGGCCCGCGCCCGCCUCCUGAGUCGGGGCCAGUCCCCCCGGCCCGCGCCCGCCUCCUGAGUCGGGGCCAGUCCCCCCGGCCCGCGCCCGCCUCCUGAGUCGGGGCCAGUCCCCCCGGCCCGCGCGGACGUUCAUCGUGGUGUCGCUUGGCUCCGGUGGUGAUUUUUUAUUCAUUUGCCACCGAAGAGUUUCGCUGCGUGUGUUAAGUGUGCGUAUGAAGGGCGGGUGGGCUGAGCUUUCGCCGAGCUAGCUGGGAGCUGCGUUUGUGGGCUGAAAUCAGGCGGCGUGUCGGCCGUUUCAGAGCGGAUUGCGCAUCGUGGCGGACGUGCAGCGGGUUUUGACGCGCUCAACCACGGCAUUUGACGUGUUCGCUUAAUGAUAAUUGUCGGCCUGACAACCGGAUGACAGCGACGGCAGUGGUGGACAACGUUUUUGGACCAAUCGAAAACCGCAACUGUCUUUUUAUAGCCAUCCCAUAAGCAACGUUACGCGUGCCAGCAAUGCGUGAGUUAGCCUCGGUCCUCGUCGACACACGUGUGGUGGGCGACUCUGGGCGCCCAGAUCUGACGCUCGCUGAGCGCCGGUUGCCUCAGAAGUCCAAGGUCCGAUUUCACGUCUGUCUGCAGCACUGGAGCUCCCUCGGUGGGCGGAGGAUCGAGCGGGUCCCGGCCCACUGCCGCCGCGUGGAGCUAUCCGGGACAGGCUUUGCCCAUUGAUGCACAGCUCGUUGAUGCAGCAUGCCAAGGCAAUAUGUCCAUUGAUGCAACACGCCUGUUGGGCAUGUUGCAUCAACAAAAGGCCCAACAGACAUUGAUGUAACACGCCCAUUAAUGCACAGCUUGAGGUGCAAACGGGCAACACUCACGCUCUGGGGCCGCUUUGGCUGCGUUUUACCUGAAGUUUUUUAAUGGGCUGGGUCGAGGAGCCUCUCUGUGAUUUACGAGCCGAUCUCUCAGCCGGACUUGUAGAUCUCAGAGCAGAUCUCUCAGCCGGACUUGCGGAUCUCGGAGCAGAUCUCUCAGCGUGACUUGCGGAUUUCAGAGCCGAUCUCUCAGCCGGACUUGUAGAUCUCAGAGCAGAUCUCUCAGCCGGACUUGUAGAUCUCAGAGCAGAUCUCUCAGUCUGACUUGUGGAUCUCGGAGCCGGUCCCUCAGUCUGACUUGUGGAUCUCGGAGCAGAUCUCUCAGUCUGACCUGUGGAUCUCGGAGCCGAUCUAUCAGUCUGACUUGUAGAUCUCGGAGCCGAUCUCUCAGUCUGACUCGUGGAUCUCGGGGCCUAUCUCUCAGUCUGACUUGUGGAUCUCAGAGCCGAUCUCUCACUCUGACUCGUAGAUCUCGGAGCCGGCCGCCACCGGCAUUUGCGGAGCAGGGCUGUCACCAGUCCUCGAUGCGAGGUCCGGGUCAGUCUGACUGGUUGUCCUCCAAGCGCCCAAUGCUGGUGACGCCCCUUCUUCAGAGGUCUGGGUCAUACGUGGUGAAAAUCCACUGUGGAUAUGCGACGCAAUAGCCACGUGUCAUGGCUGACGCUGAGUUAUCUGCGGGUGAUAGUCGACGUCCUGAUCGGCAUUGCGUUUAAGCUGUGUUGUGGUCGUGUGCGCCCAUUAUGACCUUACUAUCAAAUAGUAACGCAGGCAGGGGCCACAUGGGGCACAUGCCCCCCACCCCGUUAGGCUCCGAGGGGCCCCUCCGAACCUACGAUAAGGGUCCGAAGGGCCGGCUAGGGGUCUUUCGGGGGCCCGGCCCGUAUGGCCGGGCACUCAAAUGCCAGCAGAAGGGCCUUGCGCGACGAUCAGGGGCCUCUGAGUCAAUAAGGACCCAUAUUGCGGUCAGACGCCACCAGUAGCGCACGUU